AUGUGGACGGAUAUAGACUACAUGGCUAGUCGGAGGGUAUUUACGCUGGAUCUUCUGCGAUUUCCCUUGGAGAAGAUGACAGAACUGGUGAAUUAUCUCCAUAAACAUAACCAGCAUUAUAUUGUGAUGGUGGACCCUGCCAUCAGUGAUAUCGAUAAUGAAGCCUACAAUCACGGCCGUGUCCGCAAUGUCAUCCUAAGUCGAGAGGAGAACACGAUCUACGAGGACUACGGCGUCGACAUCGACGGCCUCUGGAUAGACAUGAACGAAGCCUCAAACUUCUGCGCCUGGCCAUAUAAAGAUCCAUUCGAUUACGCCCAGCAGAAUAACCUACCGCCAGUUCCUCCACCAGCCCGCCAGCCACCCCGUCCAUUACCUGGAUUUCCCAAUGAUUUCCAGCCUCAAGGUAGUUUGCAUGUUAGAAGGUCUUCUGGCUUGGGUCCUCGCGAUAAUCGCGAUACUAAAGGUCAGAAGAUCGGAUUACCCAGUCGUGAUCUGAUUGAGCCUCAAUAUCAGAUUGCCAAUGCGGCUGGAUCUCUGAGUAAUAAGACUAUUGAUACGGAUCUUGUACAUUUAGGAAAGGGGUAUACGGAGUAUGAUACUCAUAACCUUUAUGGAACGAUGAUGAGCUCCGCGUCUCGCGAGGCUAUGCUUCAGCGUCGUCCACAAACCAGACCAUUAGUUAUAGCUCGAAGUACAUUUGCAGGCGCAGGCGCCCAUGUAGGUCACUGGCUUGGCGACAACCGCAGUCAAUGGGACCAAUGCCGCAUCUCAAUUAGCCAAAUGCUCCAGUUCGCCUCCAUCUUCCAAAUUCCCAUGGUAGGAUCCGAUAUCUGCGGUUUUGGAGGAAACGCCGCUGAAGAACUAUGUGCCCGCUGGACAACCCUGGGCGCAUUCAACCCAUUCUAUCGCAACCACAACGAGAUCCAAAACAUACCACAGGAAUUCUAUCGAUGGCCCACAGUCGCCGACGCAGCGCGCAAGAUCUUAAACAUCCGCUACAGACUCCUAGAUUACCUAUACACGUCGUUCCAUAGACAAUCAGAAACAGGAGAACCUUUCCUUCAGCCAUUAUUUUACAUCUACCCCAAUGACAUGAACACCUUCUCCAACGAAGCACAGUUCUUCUACGGCAAUGCACUUCUGAUUUCUCCCGUACAGGGUAAGGGUCAAACAUCCGUGAAUGCGUACUUUCCUUCCGACUUCUUUUACGACUGGUACACUGGCCAGGUAAUCCAUGGAGAAGGCAAAACAAUCACGUUGAGUAAUGUUGGAAUCACCGAGAUCCCGAUUCACAUCCGUGGGGGAUUUGUGCUUCCUCUUCGUUCGGAAGGGGCGAGUACAACGAGUGAGUUACGUCGGAAGGGAUUUGAGAUUGUUGUUGCGCCGAAUAGGGACGGUUACGCGAGGGGUCAAUUGUAUUUGGAUGAUGGGGAGAGUAUUCAUCCUGCGAAUAGCUCUAUGGUUGAUUUUGAGUAUGGGAAUGGUCAGUUGAGGAUCCGUGGGGAGUUUGGGUAUCAUGAGGCUGUGCUUGUUAAGGGUGUUGUUACAUUGCUUGGGCAGAGGAAGGGAGGUGUUAGUGGGGGUGUUCGUCGUGGGAAUUCGAGUGAUCAUGAUGUUUCAUUUGAUGCCGACCGACAAGUAUUGAAGAAACAGGUUCAUAUUGAGCUGACGGCACCAACGGUCAUUACUUUCUAG